AUGGCAUCCAGCAACCUGCCCCAAACACCUACUCUGCUAGAAAAGCACAGUGGCGUUCCCACACGAUUGGUCGACCAGGCGAAGAGAGCAAAAGGGCUGCUCUUCUCAAGGCGAACCAAGGGCGAUGUCGCCUCAAGCGCACCUCGUCGAUUGCAGCUGCCGCCGGACACGACGCAAGAAAAGUUCGACGAAGCCAUCGCGCAGUUACGGUCUGUAGUCGGCGAACAAUAUGUGCAGGUCAAUGACGCGGCGCUGGUCGAUGGAUGGUAUAUGGAACAUCCCAACACCCACGACAGCAAUCAUGUCGCCAACCAGGACGCCUUGGUCGCCAGCGCGGUGGUCUACCCUUCGACGACAGGGGAAGUCCAGGCCAUCGUGCGGUGGGCUAACGAGUGUCUAAUCCCGCUGCAUCCCAUAUCUAUGGGGCGGAAUCUGGGCUACGGCGGCGCGGCACCCCGCGUCUCGGGUUCCGUCGUGGUCGAUCUAGGCAGGCGGAUGAACAAGAUCCUCAAGAUCGACGGCCAGAACGCCUCCUGCCUGCUCGAGCCGGGCGUGUCGUACUUUGCGCUCUACGAGGCAGUCAAGAAGAGCGGGCUCGAUCUGUGGAUCGACUGUCCCGACCUCGGUGGCGGGAGCGUCAUGGGCAACGCCCUCGACCGGGGCGUAGGCUACACCCCGUACGGCGAUCACUUCGGCAUGCACUGCGGCAUGGAAGUGGUGCUGCCGGACGGAACGCUGCUGCGGACGGGCAUGGGCGCCCUGCCUGGAGAAGACGACACGGACAAUUUGACGUGGCAGUCGUUUCAGAACGCGUACGGCCCCGCCAUUGACGGCAUCUUUAGCCAGUCCAACUACGGGAUCGUGACCAAGAUGGGCUUCUGGCUCAUGCCGGCCACAGGCAACCAAUCUUACCUGGUGACCUUCCCCCGCGAAGACGACUUUGAGCAGAUUGUCGACCUGAUCCGCCCGUUGGCCGCCAGCCGCGUGUUCGGCAACGUGCCCCAGCUGCGGCAUGUCGUCCAGGAGCUCGCGGUCACGGGCAAGCCUCGAAGUCAUUUCUGGCCCGAGGGGAGCGAUCGCGGGGGACGGCUGCCUCGGUCGGUGAUUGCCCGCGAAGCCGCCAAGAUGCCGCUCGGCGACGUGAGUUGGAUCUUCUACGGCUGUCAGUAUGGGGACGCCAAGACGAUCGAGUCGCAGCUCGAUCUCAUCAAGUCGACGUUCGCAAAGAUCAAGGGCUCCAAAUUCUACUUGCCCUCUGAUUUACCGCCGGACCAUUACAUCCACGACCGCGCCAAGGUCAAUAUCGGGGAGCCUGUCCUGAAAGAGCUGGACUGGCUGAACUGGCUGCCGAACGCAGGACAUAUCGCCUGCAGCCCCAUCCUGCCGACAAGCGGCAAACAUGCUCGUGUGAUGAUGGACAUUGCCGAAAAGCUCUACGCCAAGUGGGGGUUCGACUCGUUCAGCACGAUCUGCGUCGCUGGCCGCGAGAUGCACUUUAUUGCCGAGAUCGUGUUUGACCGCGAAGACCCCGACAGCAAACGCCGCGCCGCGUGCCUGAUGCGCGAACUGAUCGAUGAGGGCGCCAGGAAGGGCUAUGGCGAAUACCGGACGCACUUGUUGUAUAUGGACCAGGUCGCCGGCACGUAUAAAUGGGGCAAUGGUGCUCUGGGCCGCUUCAACGAGACCAUCAAGGACGCGCUGGACCCUAAUGGCAUUUUGAGCCCCGGCAGGAACGGCAUCUGGGGCAAGCGGUGGAGAGAGAAGGGCUGGAAGAGCGGCGAGGUCGGAAUGCCUAGAGAGGUGAAGUUGUGA